AUGUGUAUCGACGAAUGCAUAAAGUACGACUGCACAAAGUGUCAACGCCGUAUCCGAGCUACCGAGCAGAAGCUCUUAUGCCCCGAAGCGGGCUCAGGCACUUGCACGACGACUAUUGACUUCAUCACCUACUAUCUUCCUGCCAGCCAAUGCGAGACUUGCGAAAACAAGAGAAAAGAGGAGGAGGCCAAGGCUAGGAAGCGGAAGAGGAGUGGAAGCAACGCAAAUAAGGUCUGA